AUGAUGCAUAUUAAACAUAUCACUCCUGGCGUCCAAGCAGGACCGCUAGAAGUCACUGUUGAUUCCCGAAGUGGCCUUCACGAUAGCCUGAUGAGGAUAACAGUCAAAGAUUUCACAGGACGGGUAAACAUUAUUUUGGAGGGAAAUGAUCUGGUGAAAGCAUUUGAAAAGAUUAGCCCAGAUACCAAGCUCACCUUAUCAAACUUCCAUGUCAGCGAAAACUAUGAUAUGCUAACUCCCCACUCGGUGAGCGACCAAAAAAUUUUUUAUGCUUAUGGAGGGUAAAAAAUUUAAUAUAAAUUUUAUAGUAUCGAAAAAUUUAAAAAAAUCCAAAUUCGCAAAAAUUGGAAAGCAAAUAUUUAUUUAAUUUGUCAAAUUUAUAUAUUUUAAAUGCAAUUGGGUUAAAAUUAAACAGAAUUAGCUAUACUAGUUAUCACUUAUAAAUCAAAUUUAUUAUGUGUUAAAAAAUAUUUUUUGUUAGCUUAAGAGGCAAAAAUAGGGAUUUUUUCCAAUGGUUUUGUUCACUCACACAGGGGAAGAGUGAGCAAUUAUUUCCCAGCUUUUAUCCAAGGCACAAAUGUUGCAAUUCACGGAUCCGAUUUGGCAUGGUUCAUUCACAUUUCUCACGACAAAAUGCCAUCAAUAAGGUUCACCCACAAGAGUAGCUCAUAUUCAAUAAAUCCUGACACUCAAAUUGAGUCAAUAGACCUAAGCCAAUUAUAUGCACAUAAAGAACAAACCAACUCGUCCCCUCAGAAAUUGCUUGGGCCAAAUAAUGAGAGAUUCUCUUCACUACAGUUUAUUAAAGACAGCUGCAAUCAAAAUACACCUAUAAUAGCUUCAUGCUAUGCCGUAGUGUUUGAUAGCACAUCGUCUUAUAUGCCUUCUAAUACAACUGACUAUAUGAUUAAGAUGAAAAUUACAGAUCAGUCGAUUUUCCCUGGAUAUGCCACCCUAACUGUUUUCCACAAAAAUCCUCAAAGCAUGGUAAAAGUAGCAGGCAUUGGAGAUAUCAUUAAGAUUGAACAAUUUUCUUUUAAAAUCCAUAAAGGAGGGCUGACUGCAACAGGAUCAUCAAGCUCGAAGAGUUCUAAAUUUUUCUUAUUUGCAUUACUCCCCCCCCAUCCUUGAUCGAACGACUCGCCAUCAUUCUAUCAAGGAUGGGGGUUAAAAAAAAUUUUCGGGAAAAAUAAUUUAUAUAUAUAAAAUAAAAAAUAUAUCUAUAUAUUUUUUUAUUUACUUUUAAAUAAGAGGGUUAAGAGUAUUUAAUAAUUAUUUUUACAGCAAAAAAUUGAAUUAAUUUCAUAAAAUAUUAAUUUUUAAUAAUAUUUUGGUUUAUUAGUUACCCUUUUAAACUGUAUAAAUUUUAAUUUGUUACUUACAGAAUUAAAUUUUUUUGUUUUUAAAAUUUUAAAGAAUCUCUAUUUUUUAGAUUAUUGAGUUUUCAAGACUAGGUUGAUGGCUAAAUCACUUCGGAUGGUUGAUUCCGCAGCUUUCUGUGUCUUAAAGCUCCGAAAAUAACUUCAUUAGGUACAUCUUCCCAAGCUUUUGAUAACUAAUAUAUUUUUAUAUAUAUAAAAAAUUUGCAUGAUAUGAAAAUCGUUCGAUCAAGGAUGGGGGUUAAUUUCCCCAAUUUUUAGGAAUUUUUACAGUCAAUCGUUCGAUCAAGGAUGGGGGGGAGUUAGAAGAAGACAAAUUGUCGCCUUACGCUAACUAUGGAGGAAUUAACAUUAAAAAUUGGCAUUGAUUACUUAUGGAGAAGUCUCUUGCAGACCUGUAUCCAUUAUCGCUUACUGCUUGCUCACGAAUCACAAACGGCCUUUCUCUAUCUUGUUCCUUCCAAAAAGGGCAUGUACUUAUUACUGUAUGCCAACAUCGGUUUCCUUCCAGAAAAUUCAAAAAAUCAAAAUCUUUAAUUGAAUUUGGGCUAAGAUGGAAGCUCAAAGUCGCCUAAUGAGUAUCUAGACAGUGCUAGGCUUUUCUUUCCUUUCCAACACUUCCCCAUGAAGAAAAAAAGCAAUCUUGAUUUGAGCUAUUAUAGGUCAGCUCAUUUCCUUUGUCAAAAGUUCCGAUAUUGUGAAACCUUCCAGCUACGGAAUUAGAAAGGGAUGAUUCUUUGCGUCAUUUUAAUGCAAAUGCUAGCAAUGGAGGACAAUUUCACCAAAUUUCCGAGCAUUAUCAUUUCCUCGAAAGUUUGAGAAAAUGGGUAACUCAGCAAUUUGCACAGAAGUUGCCUACAGAAUUGGAAGCAACUACUGCUUUGAGCAACAUAACCACAACAUCAGAGUCUGAUAUACUAGUAAGGAUUUAUGGAGUCUACAAAAUGGGUGUGGCAAAAUCUGACCCUUCAGCAAUUAUUUGUUAUGACACCAAUAAUGUGACCCAAAUCAUCGUGCCUGCAGAAAGAGAAAAACUAUUAAAAUGGCUUCAGCCAGGUCUAUGUGUAAGAGUAAGAAGCGUAGUUUUUGAGAACGGAAGAAUUUCUUUAACUUAUUAUUCAGAUAUCCACAUUGUUCCUGAGUGGAUGGGCUUAUGCCAAAUACCAAUGAUUUCUGAAAAAGAACGAGAAAUGCAAAGAAUAGCAGAAGCCUACAUACAGCCUGAAAAGAAAAAAGUGAGGACUAUUGUUAGCCAAAAUAUGAAAUCAGCUCCUAUUGUGUCUUUUUCUAGACUGAAAUACUUAAACUAUGGGAUAGACUUUAGGGUUGAAGGAUUCGUCGUAAAAAUUCUGCCCAAUCACCCAAGAGAGCUUGAAGGAAUGAUAUGUAGGGAGUGCGGCAAAAAGACCAGCCUUGAUUUUUGUGAUAAAUGCAAUAUUGAGACAGACAUAAAAUGCCAGCUAAACUUAUUUGUGUGGGAUGGAAGUGAAAAUGAAGACAAUAUUGUGAAGUUGAUUGUUUCUGAAGACAAUUGCUUUAAGUUCACCAACUUGUUGGAGUGGAAUAAAAUGAAAGAGCUGGUAUUAGAUCCUGAAUCAAUGAUGGAGUUUGGAGUAAGAGUUUCAGAUCUUGGCUUUGAAGUGGUUGAAACGUCAUUGCUCAUUUAA